AUGGAAGACCUGAAAGCUGCAGUAGAAGAGCGUAAUGGAGACUCUCAGUUGCUGCUGGUUGCCGUGGCGAGGAGCAUUGACUCUGGCCAGUCCCAAGCUGUUUCUUCACUGUUUCUGCAGCAUAGGGACGUGGUGAAGGCUCUGGGAUGGGACCUGCUCUCACUGCUCACCCCUCACCUACCUCCCAAUCUUCCACCGUCACCUUCCUCCCCCAUUUGGCAGCUUAUCACUCUCAUCUCAGAGACUUGUUCAGCUAAAGAGAUGUGUCUGGCUUUCCUGGAGCAGCUGGAGGCUGUCUCUCCCUCACCUCCUCUCUUCUUCCACCUCCUCACCCCUCUCCUGACUGUUCUGGUGAGACUGGGGGUGGGAGAUGGGAGGAGACACCUCUCUACUCUGAGGUCUGUGAGGUCACUGACUGCCAGAGUCUACCCCAGUCUGGAGGAGGAGGAGGAGGAGGAGGGAUUCUCUCCACUGACUGCAGCUAGACUAGUAGUGUCUCUGGUUGGGCCAUUCACAGCUCACAUUCAUCAUCAGUUUACCAGUCAAAUGGCUCCUCUGCAGACCUACUGGUCCCCACUGCAGAGAGAGACUGCAUGUCUGCUCCUGGUUCUCUUGGCUCAGCCUCUCGUCUCUCGUAACCUCUCCAGACACGGCUCUGAGGGAAGGACAACUGCAGAAACCAUCAUGAGAGGGGUUGUUCGGUGCCACUGUGGAUGUCUCCAACUACUGGAGACUGGAGAGCAGAGUGACCUGAUACCAGCUCACCACCGUCCAGAUGAUGAUGAUGAUGAUUAUGACAGCUCAUCUCCCUUUGACAUUCCCCUGGUGGGCGUGGCCUGUUUUGUGUACCUGGUGCUUGUGGAGGGGGUGGAGUCAAGUUAUCUCCCCUCCCCUCUCCAUCCUCACCAUCUCCUCCACACUUCUCUCACUCACACCCUCACACUCCUGCACAGACAAGAGAGACACUCUGUUCUAAAAGGACUGAGUCUGCUGGAGACUGUGGUAAAACGCGUGGAGACUGACUCUCUCCCACGACACCUCCUCAGCCACAGUCGCUACCUUGACACUGCCAAAAGUCUGGUAGAUAUAAUGGUCACUUGUCCUCACAAGACCCUGAGACAGAGGAGCCUGUCUCUAUUGCCCAGUCUGGUCCAGAGGUUUGCCUCACCUGGCAGACAUACUGUGUACAGGUGUUUGUUGAGAGAAUGUGGACAUGCUGGAGUACAAGGAAUGCUCAUUCACUGUCUCAAGAAUGAAGUGGACCAUGCCUUGCUCUCCGGAGAGGUCUCCAGUCCAUUCCUCGGUCCAGAGUUCAUUCCACUGUUACAAGAGGUUAUGUCAUUCCCCUCAGACUCGGAGCUACUCAGACAGACUGACAGAGUGAUGGGAGGACUGAACUUCCUGAGAUACCUGCUCAUUAGAGACAAGCCUGACUCCAACAUGACUGGAGUCUGGAGUCUGGUCGAUGAGGUGAGGUCAAAGUUCACCAGCCCGGUGCGUCUGUCUCUGGAGAGGAAUAAAGUCCACAUCAGAGGAGAGAGGAAGACCCUGAGACAAGGUGGUGGUGGAAAAGGAGGAGAAGGGCCUGAAGUGACUGUGGAGGUAGCGGGAGAGGAGGUCCCUGAAAUUAACCCCGAGGAGCAGGCCAGGAUUUUGCAGCUUGCAGAGCACCAACUGGACAUGCUGGAGUGUGUGCUAGUUAGGGUCGAGGAACUCCUGGAACAUAAGUCAUAA